AUGCGGAAGUCGCUGCGAGCAGCGCUCUCGUCGAACAACAAGACGGGCUUCGACCAUCCCGAUCUGCCCUUUGCUCCUCGCAGCCAAGACGCCCCGCGUGACAGUGAGCAGCGCUACCACCACGGCCGAUCGAGUGCCGCUCCCGCGCUGGAUAGGAGAGCCAGCACGCAGAACAUCAUUUCGACAGCAGGGAAGAACGCUCGGCGCGAUCCUUUGACGGCGCUGUUCUAAUAUUAUCGCAGAUCGCCGCACCUCGUCGCCGCCGACCAGCGACCUCGCGCACCCCUCACCGCAGCCCGGCUCUGGUGUCCUGCGCUCCCAGACGGUGCGAAGAGCGGGCGAUACCAGCAGCACUGCUAGCUACAGCACGAGUGCCCAGUCGCUCCAUUCGCUACACGCCGCAAACUACCCGGCCACCAUUUCCGAGAUAGACCCGCCGCAUCCCUCCGCGCUGCGCAGCGACGACGCCAGCAACUCCCUCUCCUCCAACAGCCCCUCGCCAUUGCUGCCCAUGAGCGCGCACGCCGGCGGCGCACCGGGCAAGACUUCCUCCGACUCUGGCAACACUCCCGCCGCCCUGGAUCGCUGGUCGCAACGCCGGCUGCAGCGGCUGAACACCGAGCAGGGCUUCCGCGAGCAGCGGCAGGGUGGGCAGAGUGUGCUCAGUCCACCUGCCACCGCCCACUCCCACGAGCAUCAGCCCUAUAUACAGCAGCCGGGUGGCCUCUCGCACUACGGCACCUCUGAUGCUCAGCCCCCGCAAUCCCUGCACCAGCCGCAGCAGCAACAGCAAGGCGCCUACCAGACGUCACGUAGUGGUUCCGUAACCGCUCCCAAUAAUCCGCCCCCGCCGCAUUCACACCAGCAGGAAUACUCGCCGCCGGAGAACCACUCGCACUACGUCGCCGACAACACCAUCCGCCCCGCCUUGAACCCAGCGCGAAGCUAUUCGGGGCAGACCGACGACUCGUCGUCCAUGUCGAACAAUGGCUCCAUGACGCAGACCAAGUCGGUGCGCAACGGCAAUCGACAAAGUGUCCAUGACAUGAGGCCACGUGAGGGGUCUCACUCGACACAAGCAGGACAAAUGGCCGCAUUCAGCGCUGCAGUCGUACCUCCGGGGAGUCAAGGCCAGCCGUACAAGGGCAACGGUGGUCAGCCACAGCAGGUGCCGCCUCAGCAACAGCAGCCUGAAGUCGGCCGGGCCACCCCGCAGCCUCUGGCCGUUGCCGAUGAGAUGAACGAUGAUGAAGUCUCGCAACUGGUCAAGGACCACAAAGAGCUUCGCGAGAAGUAUACUAAGGUCAAGAAAUACUACUUCGAAAAGGAGGAUCAAGUCAAACAACUGCAAAACAGCCUCGCACAUCAGCGAUUAGCACAGUCUCGAACUUCACUUGACGAUAGCGAGUACACAACGCGAUUCAACCGAUUGGACGGAUUGGUGGCACAGCUUGCUUUCAGCAUACGUAAGAGUUGGAAGAGCAUACCGCAAUGGCUCGUGGCGUCCAUGAACAAAGAUGCAGUUGCAACAGGCAAGCAAGAGAUGACUGCUGCCGGCAGGGCGUUCAUAUCAAAUUGGCUGGUGAGCGAAGUCUUCCAGAAGUACUUCCAUCCGGACCUCGAGCCCUCCCUUUCCGCGCAGCUCCGGAGCAUCCAGGCGAACAUCCGACGGCAUGCUCCAUUGGCACAGAGCACAGAAGAGGAGGAGUACUUGACAUCAAAGGUAGUCAACUGGAGAUUGGCAACGCUGGAUGGACUGGCGGAGACUCUUCGAUCUCCACAAUGCCCAGAGAACCGUCAACGUCUUACCGACUCUCUCAAAGACGGUCUUGUUUCUGCCCUCGCACAGCACCUGCAAGACCCUCCUCCAUCGGAUUUGGAAGGUGGGGUCCACAUGAUCAUCGAACUCGUGGUGAGCAUCGCGAUACACCUCCCACUCGAAAGCAGAGACGUCAACAUUGAAUACUUCCCGCCCGGCUACAGCAUCUUGAGCGAUCAAAUGAAGAUUGAAUCUGGAAUCCCACCCCUGGUUACUUCUGUGGCAGACGACCAGGCAGACCGUGCGAGCAUGAAGAGCGCUGCGAGCGACGUGACAGACAUGACCGACAGUAAUCCUGACCAAAGCUCUGUCCGGCGGGAAAAGAGAAGUAUGCUCAGUGCAAUUACAGGAGGCAAACCAAGAUCGAGCAAGCACGCCGGUGCUUCGUCUGGUAGCCUUGGUCGCCCUGAAAGUGCUCAAGGUGUCAAGGAAGACUUGCCGCCACGCGUGCGCAUGGCCGCAGGCAUUAGUGUGUCUGUGCGAGGACGUGCUAUUCUCGUCAAGGCACCAGUUUUUAGCACGUGAGCCAUUGCCGACCAAACGUACACUGGAAUUGGAACCACCCACGUGCGAGAUUGAUCACUCACAAACCAACUGCCCCCAAUCGCUCUUUCGAGGAUGCAAGGAGCAACCUCGUUUCUCUCAAGCUUCUCUUACACACUUUAUGCCGGAUCAUUUAAGACGAGCUCUUCGACAAGCUUGACUAGAGCACCAGACCAGAUACCCUUUGCUUCGUUGAUGUGCCAGAAAUCAUCUGUCGGGAGUUGCAUGGAAGUGGAGUCGAAUGGACCUGAGUUGGGCAUCGGAAGAUUAGAUUGCGUGCGGUUGCCUUGGAAAAAGGCGUAAAUGAGGACACAAGAGUUGGGCGACUGUCGCACUUUCUUAACACGGAGCAGGCUGUGCAUGGCUUCUGCCUUCACUCCGGCGGAUACUGCAUGCGUCCGAGCCGCGGAAGUGUGAGGCAAAGGUAUAUAGCCUUCAGCCGUCUGUGCGAUUUGCAGAACGGCGGCGGCCGACUGGUCGCCUUUGCUUGGAAGGAUUGUAUAAGAUGCAAAAAGAGAAAAUAGCUUUCUAGCUGCGAACAGGACGGAAGCUCUUGAUUUGGACGCUACCUU